AUGCUUCAAAGCUUGGUCCCUCGACCCCCUCUCACUUCUAAACCUAAUAUGAACACAAAACGCCCUGAACGCGAACACGACGACGGUGAUUCAUCCCUUCCGGAACAAUCUUUCAAACGACCUAACUACUCCGGCGAGAAGACAGUGGCGGAAGGCGAAGGACACGACGAGGAGCAAGCAUUUGAGCCUCAAACUGAAGGUGAAUCCAUUGGUUUGAAACUCCUAGGGCUUUUACUCCAAUGCGCUGAGUGUGUUGCCAUGGAUAACCUCGACUUUGCUAAUGAUCUCUUACCGGAGAUAACCGAGCUCUCCUCGCCGUUCGGGACUUCACCGGAGCGCGUCGGUGCUUACUUCGCACAGGCUCUACAAGCGCGAGUUGUGAGCUCUUGCCUCGGUAGUUACUCGCCGCUAACGGCUAAAUCGGUAACCUUAACUCAGUCGCAGAGAAUCUUCAACGCGUUUCAAUCCUACAACUCAGUUUCACCGUUGGUGAAAUUCUCGCACUUCACUGCUAAUCAAGCUAUCUUCCAAGCCGUGGACGGUGAGGAUCGUGUCCAUAUCAUCGACCUUGAUAUCAUGCAAGGACUUCAAUGGCCAGGAUUGUUUCACAUCCUGGCUUCACGAUCCAGGAAGAUCCGCUCCGUAAGAAUCACCGGUUUCGGAUCUUCCUCUGAGCUUCUAGAAUCAACGGGAAGAAGACUCGCCGAUUUCGCGAGUUCACUAGGACUUCCGUUUGAGUUUCAUCCUGUUGAAGGCAAAAUCGGAAGCGUAACGGAACCGAGUCAACUCGGUGUUAGACCAAACGAAGCCAUCGUGGUUCACUGGAUGCACCAUUGCUUGUACGAUAUAACCGGAAGUGAUUUAGGAACGUUGAGAUUGCUGACUCAGCUUAGGCCAAAGCUAAUCACCACCGUUGAACAGGAUCUUAGCCACGCUGGUAGCUUCCUCGCGAGGUUCGUGGAGGCUUUGCAUUAUUACAGCGCGUUGUUCGACGCGCUCGGGGAUGGUUUGGGUGCGGACAGUGUUGAGAGGCAUAUGGUGGAGCAGCAACUGUUGGGGUGUGAGAUAAGGAACAUUAUCGCCGUGGGUGGGCCCAAGAGAACUGGUGAGGUGAAAGUUGAGAGAUGGGGGGAUGAAUUGAAACGGGCUGGAUUUCGACCCGUUUCGCUUCGGGGCAACCCGGCUGCACAGGCGAGUUUGUUGUUGGGGAUGUUUCCUUGGAGAGGGUAUACACUUGUGGAAGAGAGUGGUUCUUUGAAGCUUGGUUGGAAAGAUCUUUCUCUUUUGAUUGCGUCUGCUUGGCAACCGUCUGAUUUGAUUACUUACACUUGA